CGAAAACAAUAAUUGGAUUCUUUCAAGGACAACUUUGCUUAAAUCAAAGCGUUGGAUGAAUUUUUAAACUUAUUAAUGCAGAACUCAAGAAAUGUUUGCAAGAAUCAUCGUGGAAGCAGUGCUCAGGAAUCCGGUCAUUAAGCAAGUUAUGAUUCAAUGAUGUCGUCUAAAAUGGUUUUGGAUGUGAGAACUCUUUUUAGAAAAUUUGCUGAGUACACAACUUUCCAUGGUGUCAACAGGAUAAUUUCUAGUAAACUUUUGACAGGAAGGGUUCUAUGGUUAUGCAUAGUAUUGACUAGUUUUUGUAUGUGCAUCAGACAAAUUUAUAUACUCAGCGUCCAAUUUUCCAGCUACAAGAUAACAACAAAGGUGUCUAUUUUCGAUACGGAUCUUUAUUUUCCAUCCAUAUCAUUCUGCGAUUUAAAUCCACUCAGCCAUGGAAAGAUUAAAGAAAACAAGGACAAAGUCAAUUUAGCAAAACAUUUAAUGGCAGUAAUAAAAAGAAACCACGACGCAAUUGAGGGAUUAAAGAAUGGAACGAUUGAUAUACGUAAUACAUCAUUUAAUACUGACGAUCUGCAAAGUGAAGCCCUCGAACAGGAGUUUCGAAGAGAAAUGAACCAUUUUCAUACUAAUAUUACCAGAAAAGAAGUGCGGCUGUUAUCGCCGAGUUUUAAAGAAUUCGUUCUAAGUUGUAAAUAUGAUGGUGAUACAUGCAAUGAAAGCUCCUUUGUGCCAUUUUAUGAUCCAUAUUAUGGGCAAUGCUAUAGGUUUUCGAAAAGACCAUUAGUCGCUAAGCAUGUUGGACACUUAUUUGCAUUUCAGCUAUUUCUGAAUGUGAAUCAGAGCGAUUACAUACCAUACGUUUCUGAUGAUCCGGGUGUCGUUCUUUCGAUACAUGAAAACGGAUACAGACCAUUCUUACAAAGCAAUGGGUUCUUAAUAUCACCUGGCUUUAAAACAGAUAUAUCAUUAGUACAGAGAAGAAAAGAGAGGAACAGGGCUGUGUUUGGCAGUAACGAUUUAUGUGAUGACAGUGGCAAAUUUAGAAACCUCCAGGCAUGUUUUGAAGUAUGCAAGGAAACGGUUAUUGAAAAGAAUUGUAAUUGUUCGCCUACAUUGUCAGAUAUUCAUCUAGGACUCGGGCUUUGUGAGAACAUCACAGAACUACAGUGUAUGACAGAAGCUGUAAAAGGAAUCGACAGCUGUGGUUGCAAAGAACCUUGCAGCGAAAUACAAUAUAAGACGUUCCGUUCAUUCACAAUAUGGCCAGGAAGAAGUUAUGUGGGAGUACUAGAGGCCCUCCUUAAAGAGAGAGGUCUUGCAUAUCAAGAUCUUAGGGAAAGCUUAUUAUUUAUCAACAUAUACUUUACCUCCCUGCAAGAAGAGAUAACAGAAGAGGAACUUGCUUACACGGUUGAGAACUUUUGGUCAGAUAUUGGAGGAUCACUUGGACUAUGGGUUGGCAUGUCAGUAAUAAGCCUUGCAGAAAUUCUCGAGCUUGGAAUUCUGAUAUUACGAUUCUUCAGAAAGCGAACGUUUCGAUUGCAUACUAAAGAACUAAAACGAGCGAACGCUGAAGCAAAGCUAAAUGACGGUUUGAAUCAGAUCAUCAAAGGCUUUAAUGACAUACAUGAAGAUAAGCCAGGAGGAAGAAUUGAAUUUCAUGACGGUUUGAGUAAAAUAAUCAACAGUAUAAACAUUCUUGCUGCAGAGCAACAAAAGAGCGAAAAUGAUCAAAAUGCUAUUGAAAUUUCGAUUAUUGAAAAUGAGAGAGUGCAACCAGAACAAAACAAUGUAUAUGCACGUCAAGAAUUUAUAGUGGAAUAAUGAAAGUAUAUUAAUA